UCAUUCAUCGCUUUCCCGAAUCGAUUUCGUUGCGUUCUCUCUCAAAAUCGCCAGGGAGAAGAACAAAAAAAAGAGAGUGUUCGUAAGUGUCGUCUCGUCUCCAACGUUAGAUAUAUAUUAUAUACAGCCUCGGUUAUUUCUAGAAACUAGGGCACGAAACUAUGCCCUUGUUUAUGCCCGACGACGAGCUCGCGCGGCUCUCUAGCAGCGACGCCGCCUCGGUGGUGGUCGCCGAGAGAGCCGACGAGUACAUCCGCAAGCUCUACGCCGAGCUUGACAGCGUCCGCGCCAAGGCUGAUGCUGCUUCCAUCACCGCGGAGCAGACGUGCUCGCUUCUCGAGCAGAAGUACCUCUCGCUCUCUCACGAUUUCGCGUCGCUCGAAUCUCAGAACGCGAAGCUUCAGUCUGAUCUCGAUGGUAGAUUGGCUGAGCUCGCGCAGUCUCAGGCGGAGAAGCACCAGCUUCAUUUGCAAUCGAUUGAGAAGGAUGGAGAGUUAGAGAGGAUGACUACGGAGAUGUCUGAGCUACACAAGUCCAAGAGGCAGCUGAUGGAGUUGCUAGAGCAGAAAGAUUCCGAGAUUAGCGAGAAGAAUUCGAAUAUCAAAAGCUAUUUGGAUAAAAUUGUUAAGUUGACUGACGCUAGUUCGGAGAAGGAGUCCAGAUAUGCUGAAGCAGGCGCAGAGUUGGCGCGUUCACAAGCUAUGUGCAGUCGUUUAUCUCAGGAGAAAGAGCUCAUGGAGAGGCAUACUAAAUGGCUUGAUGAGGAGUUAACAGCCAAAGUUGAUAGUUAUGCUGAACUCCGUAGGAGGCAUUCUGAUCUCGAGGCUGAAAUGUCAGCGAAGCUUGUGGAUGUUGAGAAAAAUUACAAUGAGUGCUCUAGUUCGUUAAAUUGGCAUAAGGAAAGACUGAGAGAGCUGGAAGCUAAGGUUACUUCAUUACAAGAGGAGCUCAGCUCGUGCAGAGUUGCAGCAGCGGCCACUGAAGAGCAAUACAAUGCUGAACUUUCUACUGCGAACAAGCUUGUUGAGCUGUACAAGGAAAGUUCGGAGGAAUGGUCCAGAAAGGCGGGCGAACUUGAAGGUGUCGUUAAGGCCUUAGAGGCACGCUUGAACCAAGUCGAGAGUGGGUACAAAGAUAGUCUUGAGAAAGAAAUGUCUACAAACCAGCAGCUAGAGAAGGAGAACCAAGACCUUAAACAAAAACAUGAGAAGCUUGAAGCAGAGAUUGAGAAAACUAGGAAAACAAAUGAGCUAACGCUUUUACCUUUCAGCAGUUUCACAAGAGGGGCAGACGAUUCAGGGACCAGCAACAUGAUAGAGGAAAGCCAUGCAAUAAUUUCCAAGGUUCCUGCUGGUGUGUCAGGAACGGCACUGGCAGCUUCACUCUUACGUGAUGGGUGGAGUUUGGCCAAAAUUUAUGAGAAGUAUCAAGAGGCUGUUGAUGCAAUGAGACAUGAGCAAUUAGGUCGAAAGGAAGCUGAGUUGAUACUACAACGGGUUUUAUCCGAAUUAGAAGAGAAAGCUGAAUUUAUCCAAGAUGAAAGAGGUGAGCAUGAGCGUUUGGUUGAAGCUUAUUCACUAGUCAAUCAAAAACUUCAGGAUUCUGUAUCUGAGCAAUCAAAUAUGGAGAAGUACAUCAUGGAGCUAAAGGCUGACUUGAGGAGACGGGAACGUGAAAAUAUUCUAUCUCAGAAAGAUAUAUCUGACUUACAGAAGCAGGUAACGAUACUACUGAAGGAGUGCCGUGAUGUCCAACUCCGCUGUGGAGCUGCCAGGGAUGAUGAAGAAGAUGAUACUCAGCUUUCUGAUGUUGAGAUGGAUAUGGAAUCUGAAGCUGAUAAAAUUAUUUCAGAGCAUCUUUUGAAGUUUAAAGAUAUAAAUGGACUAGUUGAGCAGAAUGUUAAGCUCCGAAACCUUGUUCGUAGUCUCUCAGAGCAGAUUGAAAGUAGGGAAAUGGAGCUCAAGGAAAUGUUUGAGACAGAACUAAAGAAAAAGACUGAUGAAGCUUCUUCCAAAGUAGCCAUCGUGCUCAAAAGAGCUGAAGAGCAGGGUCAAAUGAUUGAAGCACUUCACACAUCUGUUGCAAUGUAUAAACGACUAUAUGAAGAGGAACAAAAACGUUAUUCAUCUAAUUCUCGUUCUUCAGAUUUGCCUCCAGUGCCAGGAAGGAAUAACUUUUUACACCUGCUUGAGGAUUCACAGGAAGCUACGAAAAGAGCCCAAGAAAAAACUUUUGAACGCAUCCGAAAUCUGGAAGAAGAUUUAGCGAAGGCUAGGAGUGAGAUAAUAGCGAUAAGGUCUGAACGGGAUAAGUUGGCCAUGGAGGCAAAUUUUGUUAGGGAAAAACUAGAAGGCAUCAUGAAAGAAUCUGAACGCAAGAGAGAAGAAAUGAACGGUGUUUUGGCAAGAAACAUAGAGUUCUCGCAGCUGAUCAUCGACCACCAAAGGAAGUUACGUGAGAGUUCUGAGUCUCUGCAUGCAGCGGAAGAGAUUUCUCGAAAAUUAUCAAUGGAGGUUUCGGUUCUAAAACAAGAAAAAGAGGUGUUAUCCAGUGCUGAAAAACGAGCUUCUGAUGAAGUUUCUGCUCUAUCUCAGAGAGUUUAUCGUCUUCAGGCUACCUUGGAUACUAUACAGAGUACAGAGGAAGUUCGUGAGGAAGCAAGAGCUGCCGAGAGAAGGAAACAAGAGGAGCAUAUCAAGCAACUUGAGAAAGAAUGGGCUGAAGCUAAAAAAGAAUUGCAAGAAGAAAGGAGCAAUUCGCGAAAUAGCACUUCGGACCGCAAUCAAACUUUGAACAAUGCUGUUAUGCAGGUCGAAGAAAUGGGAAAAGAAUUGGCUAAUGCCUUGAAGGCUGUCACGGCAGCAGAGUCAAGGGCUUCUGUGGCUGAGGCUAGACUUUCUGAUUUGGAGAAGAAGAUAAGGUCUUCAGAUCCUAAGGGCCUUGAUAUGGACAGUGGUGGGGUCGUCUCUCUUUCUGAUAAUGAGAUGUCCGUAGAACUGCGUACUGCAAAGGAAGAAAUGGAAAAGCUGAGGGGAGAUGUAGAAUCUAGCAAAAGCCACAUGCUUCAGUACAAGAGUAUAGCACAGGUGAACGAAACUGCGUUGAGGCAAAUGGAAUCUGCCCAUGAGAACUUCAGACUUGAGGCUGAAAAGAGACAGGAAACAUUGGAAGCAGAGCUUGUUUCUCUUAGGGAAAGGGUGUCAGAACUUGAAAACGACUGUCUACAAAAAUCUGAGCAGAUAGCCAAUGCUGCUGCAGGAAAAGAAGAUGCUCUUGUAUCAGCAUCAGCUGAAAUUGCAAGCCUGAGAGAAGAAAGCUUAGUUAAAAGUUCCCAAAUCGAAGCAAUGAAUAUCCAAAUGUCCACUUUGAAGGAUGACUUGGAGAAGGAACAUGAGAAAUGGCGUGUUGCUCAGACAAAUUAUGAAAGACAGGUUAUUCUACAGUCUGAAACUAUUCAAGAGCUGACGAAAACUUCGCAGGCUUUGGCUUCCCUUCAAGAGGAGGCAUCUGAACUACGUAAAUUGGCUGAUUCGAGGGGAACGGAAAUUUCCGAGCUUAACUCCAAGUGGAGUGAAGAGAAAUGUAUGCUAGAGCAGCAAAAGAAUCAAGCGGAGAAGAUGUAUCAUGAACUUAAUGAACAGAACAAAUUACUCCAUAGCCGACUUGAGGCUAUGCAUCUUCGCUCGGCUGAGAAAGAUAGCCGUUCUGGAAACCUAUCAUCUGGAAGCACUGACUCGGAUCAACUUGGAGAUUCUGGUUUACAAAGUGUAGUUAAUUAUUUGCGCAAAACAAAGGAAAUAGCUGAAACAGAAAUAUCACUUAUGAGACAGGAAAAAUUACGGUUGCAAUCGCAACUUGAGAGUGCCUUGAAGAUGGCGGAAUCUGCCCGGGGUUCACUUAAUGCUGAGCGUGCCAGUACAAGGGCCUCAUUAUUGAGUGAAGAUGAAAUCAAAUCUCUUCAGCUCCAGGUUAGUGAGGUGAACUUGCUCCGUGAAAGCAACAUGCAACUCAGAGAAGAAAACAAACACAAUUUUGAGGAGUGCCAGAGAUUGCGUGAGGUAGCUCAAAAGGCUAAGACGGAUUCCGAAAACUUUGAAAAUCUAUUGAAGCAAAAGCAAACCGAGUUAGACUUGUGUAUAAGAGAGAUGGAAAGGCUAAGGAAGGACUCAGAUCUUGAAAAGAAGAGGGUUGAUGAGUUGAGGGAGACGUAUAAAAACAUUGAUGUUGCUGACUACAAUCGCCUCAAAGAUGAAGUGCGGCAACUCGAGGAUAAGCUGAAAGCGAAAGAUGACCAUAUUGAAGUUUUCAAGAAGCUUCUGUUAGAGAAGCAGAAUAAGAUAGCGCUACUAGAGAAGGAUCUAGCAAACUGUAAAAACGAACUGAGCGAGAGGGAGAAGGAUCUAACAAAAUGCAAAGCAGAAGUGAGUGAGAGGGAGAAGAAAUUAGACGCUGCUCAGCAAGCAGAGGCGACUAUGCAGUCAGAGACUGAGAAGCUGAAAGCAGAUAUCACAAGGAUUAGGAAAUCUUACACCUUCAUGAAGAAAAAGCUCGAAAAAGAAAGGGACGAUUUGAACAGUGAUAAUCAGUCACUCUCUAAACAGUUAGGGGAAGCCAAAGAGGCUGGAAAGAGAACAGCAACUGAUGCUACGGUGGAGCAGGCCGUCAAGGAGAGAGAUGAAAAGGAACAAAAAAUUCAGAUAUUGGAUAAGUAUCUUCAUUCACUGAAAGAUGACCUGAAGAAGAAGGAUGACGAAUUAACAAAAGAGAAAACAGAACGCAAGUCUGUUGAGAAGAUACUUGGAGACUCCUUGGCCAAAAUUAAAGAGGAGAAAACAAAAGUGGAUGAAGAGCUUGUUAAGCUCGAGAGGUAUCAGACGGCAUUGGCUAAUCUCUCUGAAGAAUUGGACAAAUUGAAGCAAGCAGAUGGAAAUCUUCCAGAGGGUACUUCGGCUGUCCAGGUUCUCUCUGGAAGCGUAUUGAAUGACCAAGCCGCUGCCUACGUAUCAGCUGUUGAGUCUUUUGAACGCAUGGCUCGUACUUUUGUCCUCAAUUCUCAAGGCAACACCAGUUCUACCGAUAUGGUUACUGAAGCUUCCCCUGCUAUAGUUGAGUCUUCAGCCAUUGCCAGAGCUUCUUCGUCAAAAGCACCGGUGGCAACUACCCAGCAGCCACCCAAAGUGAAGAGAUUGACUUUGCAGAAACCAAACACUGAACUCCGCAGAGGGAGGAUUAUUCGUCCCCAGCUUGGCAAACUAGAGGAACCUCCGCAAGUUGAUGCUGAGAUGCCAGAAGCUGAAGUAGCUGGUGGUGAAGGAAAACAGCCUUCCUCCAAUGUCACAGAGAGUCAAGGAACCACCGUUGUACCGCCUGUUCAGACACAAGUCCGUAAACGCCAAGCUGAUUCGUUGACUUCUGAGCCACCGCAAGCGACUCAAGGGGAAGCUAGUACCGAGAUUGUACCACCUGCGUCUAAGAAGUCGAAAGGAUCUGAGAAUGAACCUGAUACUGCCGAAGGUGAAAACCUCUCCAAAGAGCCAGACGUGGAUGAAACCAUGGAUGCUACCCUUGCCGCCGAAGAUGAUAAUGAAGAAACAGAAGCUGAGACUGCAGAUGAGGAAACUGUGGAAGCACAACAAGAAAAUGAACCUGAAGAAGGGCAGGAUAAAAUUGAUGACGAACCGGUAGAAGAAAAUCCAACCCAGACCGAAGAAGAGUUGAAGGAUCAGACCGAACAAGAGAAUCAAGAUCUUCCGACAGACGCGGAGUUUGAUAAAGAAGAAGGAGAGCUCGAUCUAGAUACACUGGAAGAUCUCGAAGAGACUACUGAUGUAGCGACUACACCCAUGCAGUCACCUAUUAGGAUGGAGACAACUAUGGAGGAAGCUGAAACAACCAUUGAGCCACCACUAGAUGAUGUUAAGGACGAUGAAGGAGGUGAUGUAGCUGCUGAAGAAGCCUCUGAUAAGCCCAACGAUGGUAAGAAUCAACAAGUAGCAGAAGCCGAUCUCAAGCCCGAGAGCACAGUAGUUACAACUGCAUCUGCAUCUGCAUCUGCCACUCCACCCACUUCCUCUACUCCAGCAUCUGCAAGUCCGGUCGAAACUCCAGAAACUGAAGAAACGAAAAGAAACCGAUCUCAAGUAGCAGAGACCAAAGUAGCUACAACUGUCUCUGCAUCUACCACUCCAGCAUCUGCAGGUGCGAGCGAAACUCCAGAAACUGAAGAAACGAAAAGAGCAGCGUCGCCAAGUAGGACUAUUAAUAUAGCUGAUAAAGCAAAGGAGAAAGCAGCUAUAAGACAAGCCGGAGUAGCUGCUACUCUAGGAGGGACCCGAACUCCUUCACCAGCCAACCGUGCUCCUUCACCACCCGCUCCUAGAGGUCGUGGUCGAAUUGUGAACACUCGAGGAGGCAAUCGAGUGCUACUUACUCGUGGUGGCCGAACCCAACGUGGUGGACGUGGACCACCGCCGAGCCAGCCGUGAUCUGUUCUAGGUUUGUUCUGAGUUAGCCAUGCAGGCUCCUUGAAGAGAUCGUAGAGAACUCAUUUUCAUGUCUAAAGCCUUUUUGACUAUUAAACCAAAUUUUAUCAUUGCCAAUUAUUGCAAUCUUUUCUACUUAUAUUA